CAUAAAACUCAACAAGGCCCAAAACCCCUAUCACAACCAGAUUGACGGCCAGCGAUGCGAAUCUUACCCAAUACAUGAUCCAACGGUCCAAAUCAAACAAUGCACCGUAGACCGAACCUAGGGUUUCGUCUUCUAUACUCCAUUUCUCUCAUUUUCUGCCCCUAAUUUCAAACAGUACAAUACAACUGGUUCCGAUUCCAAACUAUCUCCUUUCCCCCUUUAUCGCCCUUCGAAUUUUCUCGGGGAAAAAAAUGGUGAAAGGACCAGGUCUCUAUACCGAUAUUGGCAAGAAAGCCAGAGAUCUUCUGUACAGAGAUUAUCAGGCUGAUCAUAAGUUUACUGUCACUACCUAUACUUCUAACGGAGUUGCAAUUACUUCAACUGGAGUUAAGAAAGGCGAGCUAUUUUUGGCAGAUUUGAGCACUCAGUUGAAGAACAAGAAUAUCACGACUGACAUAAAAGUUGACACUAACUCUAAUCUUAUCACCACCAUCACCGUUGAUGAACCAGCACCUGGACUUAAGACAAUCUUUAGCUUUAUUGCUCCCGAUCAGAGAUCUGGGAAGGUUGAGCUCCAAUAUCAGCACGAGUAUGCUGGGAUCAGCACUAGCAUUGGAUUGACCGCAAAUCCUAGUGUCAACUUUUCUGGUGUGAUUGGAAACAAUUCUUUGGCAGUUGGAACAGAUUUGUCCUUUGAUACAGCAUCUGGGAACUUCACCAAAUUUAAUACAGGAUUGAAUUUCAUUCACAAUGAUCUCAUUGCUUCCCUGAUAUUAAAUGAUAAAGGUGACACCCUUACUGCAUCGUACUACCAUACUGUAAGCCCCCUUACCAACACUAACGUUGGUGCAGAGUUUUCCCAUAGCUUUUCAAGCAAUGAAAACACUCUCACUAUUGGCACACAACACGCACUUGAUCCCUUGACCAAUUUGAAAGCUAGAGUGAACAAUUAUGGGAAGGCAAGUGCUCUUAUUCAACAUGAGUGGCGCCCAAAGUCUCUCUUCACCAUCUCAGGAGAAGUGGAUACCAGGGCAAUUGAAAAGAGUGCAAAGGUUGGUCUAGCUUUGGUACUCAAGCCUUGAGACUAAUUCCAUUCGAAAGGUUGGUUUUUUCUUUGAGCUUCAUGGACAGGAAUAAGAGGAAGGGACUGGAACAUUUCCGAUGAACUUUGGGUGUGGUGUUAUGCUUAUUGGUUUCGUUAUAUGUGGUGGUUAUGGGUUGUAUAAAAUAAUUGGCACAAACCAAUGUCAAUUUCCCAUUUUUUAAAAUUUUAUUUACAUUGUUGUCACAAUUGGCGGGAAACAAAGCAAAUAGUCUGGUUAAGAUUGUUGCUACAUCUUACUCUAUGAUGACCUAAAUUCUUUUGCUGGGUA